AGAUCAACUCUUCUUUUGACUUGAUUUUCUUUUGGUUCAAGAGCCUUCUCUUCCAAGUUGAGAUCUGGAUAUUGUUCCAUUUUGAUGAACUACUGAAAUAAAUGCAACAUUUUUGUCCCGGGUUGCCCUCCAGGCUGGCUGAGACAGAAUAUAGAAAGCCUUGUUCCAAACAUCCAGGGAGUCCUGUGGAAUAGUGAGCAGGUGCCUGUAGUCAAGGAGAAGCCCUGCUUUGGUGUGAAUCAGAUUUGUGACCAAGACAGAAAUCUCUGACCUCAGCUGGGGAUCUUGGUGCUGGCCAGAAGCCAACUUCAUGUCUGAGUGCGCGAGCAGCAGUUUGCCAUGGAGAGCUUGGGGCUGCAGACGGUGACCCUCAGUGAUGGGACGAUGGCCUAUGUCCAGCAAGCUGUCAAAGGAGAGAAGCUGCUUGAAGGGCAAGUAAUCCAGCUUGAGGAUGGGACCACCGCAUACAUUCACCAAGUGACAGUGCAGAAAGAACCACUUUCCUUUGAGGACGGACAGCCUGUGCAGCUAGAAGAUGGCAGCAUGGCCUACAUACAUCGCACACCCAAAGAGGGCUAUGACCCUAGCGCCCUGGAAGCCGUCCAGCUGGAAGAUGGCUCCACUGCCUACAUUCAUCACCCCGUGGCUGUGCCGUCGGACAGCACCAUUCUGGCUGUGCAGACAGAGGUGGGCUUGGAGGAUCUAGCCACAGAAGAUGAGGGCUUCAGCACAGACACAGUGGUGGCCCUGGAACAGUAUGCCAGCAAGGUUCUGCACGACAGCCAGGCUUCCCAUAAUGGCAAAGGGCAGCAGGUUGGGGACAGAGCAUUCCGCUGCGGCUACAAGGGCUGUGGGCGUCUAUAUACCACUGCUCAUCACUUAAAGGUACAUGAAAGAGCUCAUACGGGUGACCGUCCAUACAGGUGUGAUUUCUCCAGCUGUGGGAAGGCAUUUGCCACAGGAUAUGGGCUGAAGAGUCAUGUGCGUACCCACACUGGUGAGAAGCCAUACAAGUGCCCAGAGGAGCUGUGCAGCAAGGCCUUCAAGACCUCAGGAGACCUGCAGAAACAUGUCCGGACUCACACUGGUGAACGUCCAUUCCGGUGCCCUUUUGAGGGCUGUGGCCGCUCCUUCACCACAUCUAAUAUCCGCAAGGUACAUGUGCGCACCCACACAGGCGAGCGGCCCUACACCUGCCCUGAGCCCCACUGUGGCCGCGGCUUCACCAGUGCCACCAACUAUAAGAAUCACGUCCGCAUCCACACAGGGGAGAAGCCAUACGUUUGCACGGUGCCAGGCUGUGGAAAGCGCUUCACCGAGUACUCAAGCCUGUAUAAGCACCAUGUGGUGCACACACACUGCAAGCCCUACACCUGCAGUACCUGCGGCAAGACCUACCGGCAGACCUCCACCCUGGCCAUGCACAAGCGCAGCGCCCACGGCGAGCUGGAGGCCACCGAGGAGAGCGAGCAGGCCCUUUAUGAGCAACAGCAGCUCGAGGCCGCCUCUGCAGCUGAGGAGAGCCCACCACCCAAACAACCCCGGAUUGCUUACCUUUCGGACGUGAAAGAAGAGGGUGAUGACAUCCCAGCCCAAGUGGCCAUGGUGACCGAGGAAGACGGGGCCCCCCAGGUGGCUCUGAUCACGCAGGAUGGUGCCCAGCAGCAGGUCAGCCUGUCCCCGGAAGACCUGCAGGCCCUGGGGAGUGCCAUCAGUAUGGUGACCCAGCAUGGCAACACCACUCUCACCAUCCCCACUCAUGAUGAUGACCUUGCCACGUCUGGCACACAUACAGUCACCAUGGUCAGCGCCGAUGGCACCCAGACGCAGCCCGUCACAAUCAUUACUUCUGGGGCUGUGGUGGCUGACGACUCAAGUGUAGCAUCCCUUCAUCAACAGGUGGCACUGUUGGCCACAGCCAACGGAACGCACAUUGCUGUACAGCUGGAGGAACAGCAGACCUUAGAGGAAGCCAUCAACGUGGCCACUGCUGCCAUGCAGCAAGGGACUGUGACCUUGGAGACCACAGAGUCAGAGAGCCACUGCUGAGCCCGGGAGGGCGGGAUCCCAUACAUGUUGGAGGAGGUGCCAUGCUGCACAGUCAUCCUUGCCUUCAAGGGCCCAAGCUGUAGCUGCCAUGUGGAAGGUGGCCAGAUAGGUCUCCAGAGCAAGAAGGCAGCAAGAAAAUGGCCUAACUGAAGAGGACUGGGGCCCUGCUCAAGAGGAGGGCUAGACAGCUGGAAUUGGGAGUGUGUCAACCUCAGGAGCUAAGGAGAAUGAGUUUGAUCACCAGGCUCCACUUGGGCAUCCUCCCCUCAAAAUCAGCAGGGCGCUCACUCUCCUCCCUGCAGAGAAUACGCUUCCUGCCCUCAGUCCAUUCCCCUUCUCAGGUGGUAAUUGAGGUUCUAAGGGGACUGGUCCUCCACUCUGACUGGCCACUGCCCACCAGGGGAGAAGGCAGACAGGUCUUCAGCCCAGUAGGGGCAGAGCAGGCCCAGCUCUGCCCCUCCCAGCAAUAACCACCUCCCCAAAGGCCAGCUGUGAUGCCUGGCCACUUGGCAGCAGGGACUUCCUGCUACCAGAAUUGCUCAGGGGACUGUGGCUGGAGAAAAGGUGCCCAGCCCCCCCCCCACCCCCAGCUGCCCCCAACUCCUCUGGCAGAGAGGCAGGGAGCAGCCUUGUACAUACUGGGGAUUGGGUGUUUGGUUUUUUUUUAAAUUGCAUUUUGAUAAUUUUUUUCCUGCUCUGGGCAGUGGUGGAAAACGGGUGAAUGAGUAUUUAAUAAAAGUUCCAAGUUUCCA